CAGCUGCGCCCCCCUCCGCGGGCGGCCGUGCCUCGCCGCAUGCAGCAGCUGCAGCAGCCUCAGCAGCAGCAGCAGCCUCACGACUGCUGCUGCAGGUACGGCAGCAGCACGUGCCACUGCCCAUGCUGCCCCACUCCGCCUCCACCGGCUCCCUGGGCCCUCCCUCACAGACCGCCCCGCCUGAACCCCAGCCCUGCAUGUCGCAUGCAGCAGCCCCCUUGCAUGGCGCCCAUGCGAACGGGAACGGCAACCCCCCACUGCCACUGCUGCUGCCAGAUCCCAACGCACCCCCUCCACCAGCUGCUGCCGAGCAGCAGCACCCCUCCAUCACCUCCACCGCCUCUACCUCCACAUCCUCCGCAGCAGCAGCAGCAGCAACACCAGCAAUGCUGCUGCCGCCACACCACCCGCCUGGCAUGCGGCUGACCCCGCCACCCCUGGCAUCUCAGCAGGGGCAGCAACCGGGACAGGGAGGGCAGCAGCAGCGGGCUGCCUUGCAGCGCAUACCCUCCUGGCUGCAUCUGCAGCAACAACACACGCCACAGUAUCAGCUGUACCAG